GGGUCCUUUUGCCUAGUCCACAGUCCCUUUUGCAAGGAGCCCCACAACAACUCUUGCAAAGACUGUCUCCAAAGCCACCUCUCUCCAAUUCCUCUCCUCCUGGGUGCAAAAAAUAACAAAAACUAGGAGGGGGAGGAGGAGGAGCCCUGCUGAGGAAGGGGCUUGACCCCUUUCCCUGCCCACCCCUCCCCAGAUGGGAAAAGCAGCCUGGAAAGUGGGGCUGGACUGGUGGUUUGGCUUUUAGAUCCCUGGCUCCAACUUAAGAAGAACAGGAGGAAGAGGCGAGCAGUCUCUCUCCACCAUGGAGAAGCUGGAGGUGAGGUUUCCCGACCCAGGAUCCGGGAUGAACCCGGGUUUUUUGGAGCCUGGGCAGCAGCAGGAGCAGCAGCAGCAGCCCCUCUUGGUGCUUCUGGGGGAGCCCGGCCAAGGGGAGCCCCCCAACCUGGUGGAGGUGCAGCUGAGCGGAGGGGCGCCCUGGGGCUUCACCUUGAAAGGAGGACGCGAGCAUGGGGAGCCCCUCAUCAUCACCAAGAUUGAAGAAGGCAGUAAAGCUGCAGCUGCUGACAAGCUGCUGGCUGGAGAUGAAAUUAUCAGUAUCAAUGAUGUAGGCCUUUCUGGGUUCCGGCAAGAGGCUAUCUGCUUAGUGAAAGGCUCACACAAGACUCUAAAGCUUGUGGUGAAAAGAAAAAAUGAUCUAGCCUGCAGGCCUCACUCCUGGCAUGCAACCAAAUUCACAGAGAAUCAGCCUGAGACAGACACGUCACGGCUCCCCUCAACCAACGUCUGUGCUUCAUGGCACUCCCGGUACCAUGCAAGCUCCUCUUCCCAUGAUCUCUCAAGCUCAUGGGAUCAAUCAAAUCUACACCGUACCUCAGACCAGUUCAGUUCUGCCGGAAGCAUGGAUAGCUGGGACCACACACCCCAAACGUACCAGUAUGGACAGAUCUCCUCUGCAAAGUCCAACAGCAGCAUUGACCACCUGGGGAAUCCCAGCAAAAGGGAUUCAGCCUAUAGCUCUUUUUCUGCUAGUUCUAGUACUCCAGACCACAUGCUGUCCAAUGUUGAUGCUGCCUCGACAGAGAACAUGGUGUACAAAGUGGGUCAGUGGGAACCCCCAAAACAGGGGAAUAUCAAGGCUGCCUCAUUCCUAAGUGAUAGUGGGAGAUUAGAGGACAAACCUAGCUGUUUGCCACCCCCAUUACAAUAUGAAAACAACAGGAGUCCCCGACUAGAAGAUCAUGCUGAUUCAACAAGUUCUGGGUCUGGAAGAUCAAACUUUGUGCCUGUCUGGUAUGUGCCAGAGAAGAAAAAGUCCCCCUCUCCUCCCCCUCCCCCUCCCCCUCUCCGUAGUGAUAGCUUUGCUGCCACCAAAGGUCAUGAGAGAGCUCAUCCACCUCUGUUUGCAGAGGGUAUUCAGAGCACCCAGCACUUUGAAGUCCUGCACAGGGCUCAGGCCAGAAAUGACUGGAGUGCUGAAACUGCAGAGCAACAAAAGCGAGGUGCUAAGGCAGUUGAGGCUUCCGAUGGAAGGCAAGGUGGCAAUCCAGCCUAUAGAACUGAUUUUAGUCUGGAUUACAGUUUGUCCUCUUCAGGCGACAGGCUCAAUAAUAACGUGGGAAAUAUCAACAGGCUACAUUCAUCUCUGUCCAGUACUGAUGUUCGAUUUGCCCAGUCUGCUUACGGACAACAUCGCCAUCACCAUCAGCGCCAAUACAGUGAUGAAAGCACUUUCUUUCACAGUGCAAAAGUCUCUGCAUCACCCAAAGAGCAGCGACACCUCUCCACUUAUACUGGCAUCCAGGAAAGGCCAACUGACAAAUACAAUUGUCAGCCAAACCAGGUCAGGAUAUUUGAUGGUACUGCUCCUUCUCCUUCUGACAUGAGUUCUGAGGAGAAAAUGGAUCGUACUGGGCUAAGUCGCUAUUACUGUGUGACAGUGAAACAACCACCUCAGGAAAAAACCUCAAGACCACUACAGCUCAAGGAUGAAUCCUGGAAUCCUGGAAUAGGUAACACCUCCUCUGGACAACUUGAACAUCCUGCUGUAGCUAGAAUGAGCCAAAGUUCCCAGUACUAUCUACCUCAGCGAGCUGUUGAGUCUUCUCUUGAUGUCUGUGAAAAGAAAGGUCAAUAUGUAGUGAAUAAAGGAGAGGAUCUUAGAGCUGUUGUAAUGAAAGAUUCCAGAAGGAUAGGUUACCCUGAAAAACCAGUGCAGAGUAAAAACUUUGAGGAGAAUCACAGGAGUUACCAUGAGCAAGAAUAUGGACGGGAGUGUGUCCCAGUGACUGAUAAUAAGUCUGUCCAAAAAGAUUUCAAAUGGAGCGAAGAAGAGAGCUACAAAAUUUCUCCUCAGAAAACCCCAAUGUUACACUCUUUAGCUCAGGAAGGGAAAACCCAGCCGGACAUUGCCACUGAAGCUGGGAUGAAUAAACAGCCUGCAUUUGAUGCUCACUUAAGCAAAAAUGCACGAAGGAGUGAUCGUUUUGCAACCACAUUGAGAAAUGAGAUCCAAAUGAAAAGAGCAAAGCUGCAGAAAAGCAAAAGCACUGCUGUCUUAGCGGGGUCAACUGAAACAGAAGAGUAUGCUGAUAACUGGAAACCGAAUAAUGCAGAAAAGGUAAACUGCUCAUCAGAAAGUUCUUUCACUAACAUGUACAAAGAUAAUCUGAAAGAAGCCCAGGCCAGGGUUUUGAAGGCCACCUCUUUCCAACGCCGAGACUUGGAACCCAGUUCUUCAGAUUGUCUUCCAGACCAGAAGACAAAUAAUAGUAACUCUUCCCCAUUGACGUAUGUUUCUGAGGAUGAGUCAGGCUUUCUAGGGGCUAGGAAGUCCUCUAAACAGAAUCCAUCUAGCAGCCAUGCUCACCAUAUUCCUCGCAUUGGAGCUAGAAAGAGAUUCACAGCAGAACAAAAACUGAAAUCUUAUUCUGAGCCUGAGAAGAUAAAUGAAUUGGGUGUGUCAGAAGAUGACUACCGUCCACGCCGUCGGCCAACUACUUCUGAGGAAGCCUUGGGUUCUUUUGCAGAUAGGUGGAAGUUCUUUGAAGAAACUAGCAAGCCUGCCUUCCAAAAAUCUUCCCACAGACACACACCAUACAGUCAGCUAGAAGCACAGCCUCCAAAUCCACACAAAAAUUCUCAAGAAGGUGAGGGUGAGGGUUCCUGGUAUGAAAGGAGGAUGCGAUCUGCUUCUUUUGGAGUUGAGAAUAUGCUUUGUAUGUAUGAUAGACCCAAAGAAAAUAUCCAUUAUAGUAGCCAUAAAGGAAAAUCUGGACAACCUCAGAGAUUAGAAACUUUUGCAGAGUAUCAGGCAUCUUGGAAAGAGCAGAAGAAACCUUUAGAGACACGGAGUUCUGGAAGAUACCAUUCAGCUGACAAUAUACUUGAUGCUGGUCAUGAACAGCUUGAGAAAUCUCAGUAUACACAUGAACGCUCCAGGUCAUCUCCUUCUACUGAUUUCUACAAAAAGGAAGAAUCAGCUGAAGCAAGGAGACAAACAGAAAAUUCAGGAAAGGAUGAAGAGUGUAUUUUCUCAGCAGCAAGAUCUGAUGAAAGCAGUUGCAAUUUGAGCUACUUUUCUAAGCUCACAGUGUCUUUCCAGCCUCCUUUAAGCAGAGAGCAAACAUGCCUACUUUCUGGGUGUCAGAGGCCAGGUGAUACAGUGUACCCAGAAGGACAUCCUGGAGAACCAAGAACUCUGCAGGAUUACAGUAUAGGAAACAAAUGGAAGGUAUCUGGUAGGCCUUCACAUACAGGGCAGAUCCCAGUUGCAUCUCAGGGAAGCCGAGGUAGAUCGGGGACAUUGCCUAGUGAUUACAGAUAUUUGCAGAACAAUGUGAAUGAAAAAAGCACAGAUUGCAGCGUGCUGCCACUUGCCAUUUCUGAGUUACAUAUAUCAGAUAGGAACUACUUAUCCCCCACACAAGGCAAAAGAGAGGAAAGUCUUCAGAGAGAUUCAGCAGUGCUGAAUAUAAAACAUGAGCUUGUGCAUCAGAGGCCUUCUCCUCCCAAACAAGUUAGUAACUCCAGGCGACAGGACAAUUUUUCAGCAUCACUUGCCACUUCCUCAGAGUCUUCACUGACAGUCCCCAACAGGUCUCUUCAGUCCCUCUCUCCUCCUGCUGCCAGUGUGGUUGCAGUUAGCUCACCAUCUGCUCAGACUUCUGGGAAGAUUUCUGGAAAAUUAACCAGCACCAAACUGCCAGAUCUUCCACAACCAGCAUCCAUAGAGAAUGUUUGCCAGCACUUAGAAGAAAAAGCACAUCUCAGAUCUGAACCUGCGCUCGCUUCAACAUAUCACUACCAUCUAAAACCUGGAAUGGAGACAUCAAGAUCCCCUUCGCCACAGUUUGCUCCCCAGAAGCUGACAGACAAACCUCCCGUGGCUGUUCAGGAUGAGAAUCCCACUAGAAUUGAACGAGUGAUGGAUAACAACACAACAGUAAAAAUGGUUCCUAUCAAGAUUGUACAUUCUGAGAGCCAUGCCGAGAAGGAAAGCAGACAGAAUCUUGUGAGUGCCAUAGAGCCUCCUGCUUUACCAAGUGGCUUGGAGAAAGACCAGAUCAAAACACUUAGCACUUCCGAACAGUCCUACUCACGCUUCUGCGCUUACACAAGGCAAGGUGUAGAGCCGGAGCCUGAGAACAAAACCAGACUGCCUUAUUUGCAACCUGCUGAUGCACUUGGGGUCACCUCAAAGGACACUGAUGUUUCUGGCCACACAGUUAGCUAUGUCAGAGCCAAAGAAAAGUCAAUUGAAGAUUGGAAGUCAGAAGAAUUAGCCAGAGAGAUAGUGGGCAAGGAUAAAUCACUUGCCGAUAUCUUAGAUCCGAAUAUGAAAAUAAAAACCACAAUGGACCUGAUGGUGGGAAUCUUUCCAAAAGAUGAGCAUCUCUUGGAAGAAGCUCAGCAACGCAAGAAGCUUCUUUUAAAGGCUUCACCCAAAAUGUCGGAGGACAAGAAAGAGGAACCGACUCUGCCUUUGGCCAUCCCUUUAACAACCAAUUCCACCUACUAUAGCACAUCUGCCCCAAAAGCAGAACUCUUGAAUAAAAUGAAGGACAUGCAGCAGCAACAGCAGCAACAGCAAAAAGAGGAGGAUUCUGAGGAUGAGCUAGACCAUGAUUUGUCUGAGAAGAAGCAAGAACUUAUAGAUAGCAUAAGUCGAAAGCUGCAGGUGCUGCGAGAAGCUCGGGAGACACUCCUGGAAGACAUUCAGGCUAACAAUCUACUUGGAGAUGAAGUGGAGGCCCUUGUAAAAGAGGUCUGCAAACCCAAUGAAUUUGACAAGUUCCGGAUGUUUAUUGGAGAUCUAGACAAAGUGGUCAACCUUUUGCUGUCCCUCUCUGGUCGGCUAGCCAGGGUAGAAAAUGCAUUAAACAACCUGGAUGAAAAUGCCUCUCAAGAAGAGCGGCGUGUCCUGGUAGAGAAGCAGAAGCUGCUCACGCAACAGCAUGAAGAUGCAAAGGAGCUGAAGGAAAACCUGGAUCGAAGGGAGCGCAUUGUCUUUGACAUUUUGGCCAACUAUCUGAAUGAUGAGAGCCUUGCAGAUUAUGAACACUUUGUCAAGAUGAAGUCAGCCCUUAUAAUUGAGCAGCGGGAGUUGGAGGACAAAAUCAAACUUGGGGAGGAGCAACUGAAGUGUCUGACCGACAGUCUCCAGCCAGAAAGGCCCAAAUGACACUCCCACAAGGAGAUGGAUGCCUUGGACAGCACUGACAUGUACACCACUCCUUUGACCACUAAGAGGAGCCACUCUGAAGAAAUAACAUCAUAAAUAAAAGCAAUAAAGUUAGGGUUUGUUCCUAUUUGAGUUUGUUUGCAUUUCUAGAAACAAUUCAGCAUCCUCUUUGGAUGUCCCUUUAUCAUACAGACAAUAGAUUCUGUGUUUCAGUUUAGCACAUUAAGGAAAAUGUGGCAAUUUUGCAUGAGUACAGUGUUGUUUUUAACAGAAAUAACAUAUGUGCAAAUUCUGUUCAGAUCUAUACAACCAGCAAUGGAAGCUCUUGAAAACAGCAUUGAGGACUAUUGAUUUUAGGGACUUUAUGGUCUUGUAUUCAGGUUGGUGAGAUACAGUGGCAGUUUCAAAUGUGCACAGUUGGAUCCUUUUUGGCGAAAUGUUGCAUAAUAACGUUUUCAGAAAUUAUGUCAAAUCUGUUUGGAUAAGUAGACCUUUUAACAAACUACAAUAAAACUACUUCCAAACACACUAGGAAAUUGUGUGUUUGCAUGGCAGCUAGAUGGGUUUCUUUAAAUACCUUGUUGUGACCUCAGAGCUUACCCUCCAGAUAUUCUGGAUUGCAUUUCCCAUCGCUGCCUGCCAGCAUGGUCAUUCUAACACAUCUGGAGGACAUCAAGUGAAUGAAGGCUGAUAUUGGGAGAUGUGGAGCAGAAAGGGAGAGUGAUACCAGCUUGGUCUUCAUUUGAAGCUAGGGUUGUCAUGUUUUCAAAAAUGCAGUGAGGAUCAAAACUGAUGGCAUGCAGGGUUAACUAUCAAGAAACAUCUUUUAACAAAUUUGUGUUCUACGAAAUAAACCAAAUAUCAGAUGAAAGUAUUGGUUUCAAUUCAGCUAGCCAUGUGUUUUAUUGCAAAAUUUUAACAUGUUGUCCACAUUCAUGAAUUACAUGAUGUCACAUUUUGGUCUUUAUGAAGGGCCUAGAUUGGCAUCUUGUUCAGUCUAUAAAGAAGGAAAAAUUCCAUCUCUCAAAUGAGGGACAUCCCUUAUAAUAAGGGACGCCUGCCAAUCUUGUUAGGGGUCAGUUUUUGUGACUUUCAAAUAGGGAAUAUCCCCUAUAAUAAGAGACAAUUGCCAGCCCCCAAAGGGACAAAUCUUAGACCCUCAAAUAAGGGAGACCUGGCAACCUGAUUUGAAGUUUAGACAUUUCUUUUGACAAGACCUGUUCCACUCCAUUUAUUACUUUAUUAAUGGGUCACCAGAUCAAGGGGGAGGACCAAGGACCAAAGUAUCAUUCAGCUCAUGUUUCUGAUAUAUGAAGUAAUGAAAGACUUGAUUCUUAUAUGCCCAAAUCUGUAAUACAGGGUAGAAUUCAUACUAUAUUAUGAUAGGUCAGUGAUGGCGAGCCUAUGGCAUGAGUGCCAGAGGUGGCACUCAGAGCCCUCUCUGUGGGCACACAUGCUGUCACCCUAGCACAGAGUUUGCCAGAGUUUCUUACUAGAAAGCCAGAGGGACGUGGCACUUUGUAAUAAAUAAGUGGGGUCUGGGUUGCAGUUUGGGCACUCGGUCUGUAAAAGGUUCACCAUCACUGUGAUAGGUACUCUGGGUAAAUGUUCAUUCUGUCUAUUAUUUCCUUUGCACAAAGCAAAUUGUUUUUAUAGUGCAUGUGGUGACAACAACUACUGUUGUGAGGGAUCUGUCCCCUUUUCUUGCCUCUGCAAGAGACAACGUUCUUGCUUUAUGGUUAGAUGUACUCACAGUUGCAUGCAACUGACACUGAAGUGGAUGGGUGGGUGUGUCUGCAUGGCUUUCCACUUUCCUACUGACAAGUAUCCUUGUGAUAGAAGGACUUUGAUUCUCUGUUCCAAGCCACAGAUGAUUAAAUCUGCUAAACACAGAGACUCCUACUAUGUCUUAUUAAACUGUCCUUUAUUGCAAUUCCAACCAAACCUGUUUUUUAAAACUUUUUUUUUUUUUAAGAAAUCACAAGAAGGAUAUUAUAACAACUGCUAGCGAACUGGCCUGUGGCAUAGGCUAAGUUCCCUUUUGUUAAUAUAUAUUUCUGAUAGAUAAAGGAUAAUCUUAUAUUCUUUGUAGAGACUAUUUUUAAAAGUUUUACUGAGAAAUGAUUUAAGCAGUACUUAAAUCAUGAACCAUCUGCCAUAUUACCCUGUUUAAGAAGUAGAACUAACUUAAAGGAUUAAAAAAAGAACUUUUUUCUUGAUACCGCCAUUGAAUUUGAAUGUAAACGUAAGCUUUUACUUCAGUUGUUCUCAUUAUUCAGUUAAUAGGGUCAUGAAGGUUUUAAAGUGUUAACUGUACAAUUUUUUUAAAAAAAUGAUAGCUGUACAAGUUUGGGGCAUAAUUCUUUCUGUAUAAUUAAGUAUUUCACAAGCAGACACAGUGCAAUCCUAUGCAAAUCAAAUUGGAAACAGGUCCUGCUUGAAUUCCAUGGAACCCACAGGGUUAAAACUGCAGCCUUAAGGGAGACCACCCUACAGAUUAAUUGACUUAAUAAAGGAAGUCACAGCCCUCAGUUUGCAAGUCAUGAGCAGGCUCUUGGAUUGCUGUCAUUCAUAAGUUCUCCAUAAGUCAAAAUUGACUUGAUGGCAGAUAACAACAAAUCAAGCAAAUUCCUACACACUUCUCUUCCGCCAUAACAUUCCAGUAAAGGUCCUGGUCAAACUAACUGCUCCUAAUACCAUUCAAAAAAGGCUCCCUGCAUUUCCCCCCACAUUGUCAGUACCUGAUGUGUCCAAUCACUGUUAUGUAAAAGCUUCCACUUUGCCUUGGAAUCUCCCCCCCCCCCCGCCCCAAAUACAUAGCCAAGCUAAAAUAAACAACUAUAUUUACUUUGGUCAGGUGCAAACAUUCAUCUUUCUCUCAUUACUUGUUUGUAGUGGUUACAUUUGUGUAUUUGAGCUCUAAAUAUAACUUCAGUAUAUAUGCAGUCCUUUGAAUUAAAUCACAUAAUUUUUAUGAAGAUAGCAAUAUGGAAAUUGAUGUGUAAUUGUAUUUAAUCCUUUUUGGAAUGUGAUGUUUAAUUGCCACCUUCAGCUUGCCUUCCAUAUUUCUUUUAUGUUUCGUUUUGUUUUUUAAUUUGCAUUGGCAAGUUCCCUGGAAGGGGCUAGAAGAGAGUUUCUUCCUACUGCUGUAUAUAAUUCUAUAAAUAGCUCUAUUGUCACUUUGUAAAGCAGAAAAUAUGGUGCUAAUGGCUCUUGGCACCUCUAGGUGAAGGAUAAUUUUUUCACCUUAUGGGUCAUUGCAAUUUUUAGACCUUUUUUGUGUAUAGUGAAAAAAAUUAUCAGAUUUUUCCCAUUGUCCUUUUGAGUUUGGUACCCUAAGUCAAAAAUACAUAGAGAGAUUUCAUAUUUGCUUCUUAAAUACUUACAUACUGAUAAACCAUUUUGCUUGACCAAGGGAAAUAAACUGAAUAUUGUGUUUCAGCA